AUGGCGCUCAAGCCUUCGACUCGCCACGUCGGGUCCGUGGAUUCCUCGGCGCCGAAGUACAACAAGGUGAUCCGCAACGGCGUCGUCGUCGAGAUGGAGGUCAUACCCGUCGUCGUCGAGAUGCCCGUCGAACCUGCGGUUGUGAUUCUCCGCAAGCGGAUGGCGUCCGAGCUCGACGCCUUGCGCGGUCUCGUGAAGAAGGCGGAGCUCUUGUCCCUCGGCAAGAACGGGCGGUUCUUGGCCGCCGAAUCACGACUGGAGACGCCGAUGAAGGCUGGCGGCAAGACGCCGUCGGCGAAGCGGAGGAAGGUGUCUCCUCUCGUGGAGCAGAUAGAGACGCCAAGGAUGUCGUCGGACGAGCGGGAGCAGCUUGCCGAUCGCCUGGCGACGCUCUCAUCGUCGCAGCCGGACCACAUCCUGGAGUUCUUGAAGAAGCAAUGCGGUGGCGAUGCCGAUCCCCAUGGCGAGUUCGAGAUUGACCUCAACUCCAUGGAAAACUCUGUUUUGUUCGAGUUGAAGAAGCAGCUGGACGAGUUCGCCGAGGAGAGCAAGAGCGAGGCCGUCCAAGAGGAAGAGGACGAGUACGUCGACAUCUGCGGCGGCGUCUCCCCCAUCACGAUCCGGGACGCUUCCCCUCUCGUUCCAAGCUCGAGCAGCGACUCCGGGAGCUCAUCCGCGAGUGAUUCAGACUCCGACACGAGCAGCUCGGAUACCGAGAGCGACUCCGACGAGAGUGUCCGCAGUCCAGCUCCUCCGGCGGUUCAUGUCGUGGAGAACGACAGCUCAGCGCAGCCACCGAAGCUGGCGACGUCGGAGCUUGCUGUGUCAGAGGUGGUGCAGAGCGUAGAGAAGCCCCAGUACCAGCGCAUCGCGCCGACGGCGCGUCCCGUCUCCAAUCUGAUCGACAAGGCGAAGGAGGCUCUGGAGAGGCGGCGGCAAGAGCAGAGGGCGCGCUCCAGCGAGCGCGCGAGGGAGAAGAUCCGCCAGGAGGUGCUCGAGGUGGAGACGGCGGCAUUGCCCGACGAGAGCAUCCACCCGCAGGACUUGGAGCAGCUCGGCAUCGCGGAGUUCGAGCACAUCGUGAGCACGCUGCGGCCCCGGGUGAUGGGUGGCGGCCUUCGCGCCACGCGUGGCCGUCCCAGCGCUCUGCAGCAGCUGGGUUUCUUCCUCAAAGCCGACGCAUAG